ACCAUGCAGUAGCAUGGCUCCCGCGGGCGAAUGUACCGCUCCGAUCUGCAACAUCAUCGGCAGUCGGAAAUGUCGUUGAGCUGCUCCAUUCUCCGAAGUGCGAUCUGUGCCGCUUAGCCUAGUGCCACUACAAAGGUUCUGCAAACGACAGCGUGCGCGUAGCCGAGACAGCCAUGAGCGCCGGAGACCCGGAGAAUACUUCGCACAUCGAAGCCGAAACAAGUUUCGAAGUACAGCUCUACAUUUACGACCUCUCCAAGGGACUUGCCAAGACCCUUUCGCCCAUGCUCAUAGGAAAGCAGCUGCCCGGUAUAUGGCAUACAAGUAUCGUGGCCUAUGGCAGGGAGUACUUCUUCGGUUCGAUGGGUAUCGAAAGUUGCGGAGUGGGGGAGACAAUACUCAAGGAACCAGACCAGAUCUUGAGCCUGGGUCGUACCGAGCUCCCAUACAGCUUGUUCCUGGAAUACAUCUUCGCCCUGGGUGAAUCCAGUUACAAGCCUCACACUUACGAUCUGUUUCGUCACAACUGCAACAACUUUACACAAGAGGUGGCUGUGUUUCUCACAGGGAAGUCCAUCCCUCAGGAAAUUCUGGACCUCCCUGACGAGUUUCUGAGCACGCCUCUGGGUGGCACAUUGCAGACUUACUUUGAGAACCUCUCGCUGCGAGGGGAAACAGCGCGGGGGCUCAGCUUUGGUGGUGGAGCGCCAACGGACUUCAUUCCCUUCAGCCCCGUAGAUCCGUGGGACCAGAGAACAAGGAGUUCUGUAUCACCACCUCAACAAGGGAGGCAACCAGCUCCGAUUCAAAGGAUGUCUUCGGAAACGGCAACAGAGCCGGCUACAGAACAGGCCGCACGGCCCGCGUCGGAUUCGGCUGCGGCCGACAGCAACGGCGAAAUCGAAGACCGGCCCGCACCCAUCCGAAAGUCUCGGCGAUACAGCGACCCACCGGUGUUCUACCCACAAGUCGACGGAGCCGCAGCGUUAAAGGAACUGGAGGGUCACCUAGAGAGUGUCAUCAACGACCAGGAGCGGUCUGCUCUCAGAGAGCUGCACGAAUACCUCGUCACGGACAAUGGAGCAUGGGCCCUUGGAUCACCACAGCUAGACCUGUUCAACAAGCUGCUGACCGACCCCGGCCUCUCUUCGGCCGUGCGCCUGUCGCUGCUGCGGGUGCUCCAGGCGGCAGCACUCAAGGAAGACGUCAUCCUGUUCCUGCACCAGGACCGCAAGAGCCACUGCAUCAUGAGCUACGUGUACCGCAUCGAGAACCUGCCCCCGGACGAACAGGACGAAGUGCUGAAGCUGCUUUGCAACCUAUGCAGCAAUGUGAGCAGCUACGACUGGCUGCUGUACAUUUCCGAGUGGAGUGAAGAGGGUGGCCAGUCGUGCAACAAUGCCAAGGCCACCGUGCGUGCCGUCGUCCACGGCCUCCUGUGCGACAGGCCCGAGGCACAGGAGCGCAGUGCCGCACUCAUGUUCAACCUCUCGCUCAAAGAGCUUUUCGAUGACACUGCAACAGAGCUGUCCACGGCUGUUCUCCAGUACCUGCACGGAGAUGUCAAGGAGGAACAGGCUUUCUACUGCUUAACGGCACUUCUGCGGUUUCUACAGAUCAGCUACAAUGAUGUUCCCGCCCUAGUGAAAAUGCUUGGCCCGGACCUGCAGAAGUUUUCCGGUGCUUCGGAACGUGUCAAGAAGCUCGUCGACGAGAUCGGCCUCAAGCUCUCGGUGUCAGUAUCGGCGUGACAAUGCUGAGGCACAAGUGCAAAGCACACCAUCGCCCACAAAGUUAUUCUGAACUUGGGGUUCGCAGAAGGACUCGAAACAUCAUCCCACACGUUCUGUAAUUGAGGGGGGCUGCAGUCGUGCAGUUCAGGUUGUGAUCACGGCAGUGGCACCAGACAAUCUGCGAGAUUUAGUGCGUUGGCUGCCCUGCGGAGCUGUUCUUUAGGAGGAGUAGUGACGCAUGUUUUCAAGGUUUCAGAAACUAGUGUGUGCUUGUCCCUUAACCUGUGUACUAGCUCAAUCAGCCAGUGCAAAGAUAGGGAAACUCUUUGACGUGUGAUAUCUUAAUGUGGCAGCACUUAGGUAUCUAAAUACUAAUCUUACAUCAUCGUUAUAAUCAUGACGUGACAGAGUAAAAUUUUCUAACACGCCAUCGAAAUAACGCAAGUUGCCACAAUGUUGCCCACAUAAAAUAUGCAAGUGUGCUGCGUAUAUUGCUUCUAAUUGCGCUUGCACGUGACAGUCGCAGCGAUUAGGGGAGCAUAGCAUAUCGUCAUGUCACAACAGGUUCUUCUUUUAUCCGUGUAGAAAAACCUUGUUUAAUGCAGAGAACAAAAAAAAAGUACAUUGAAAGCAUUGCGUCAGUACUCCCUUAAAUCUAGGCACUUAUCCACAGACUGAAUUUGUACCCAAGUUUCGGUCACUUUGUGGGUAAUGUGAAAGUUUAGAGAUGCCAGUGGUAAAUGCUUGCCUUUCGUUAUGUUUUUUUUUUUGCUUUUUUAUUGUAGACUAAUUAAAAAAUUUGAUGACAUCACAGUCUUAACCUCUGGAAACCCAGGGCAGCCAACUGCACGAAAUUUCGCCAAGAUGCCCAUGUAAGGCUUUUCCCUCUGGCUGCGUGAUCUUGUGGUCUCUUAUAAGCUUCUCCAAAUGCACCUCAUUUUUUUUUUGCCUAACACAAACUCGAAAGGAAGCUUGUUUGAAAUGGUUGUUCAACUUGCACGCAAGUUGUUAGUUUUCUGUUAUUUCAAAUUCACCGAUGGGGCAAUCCUUCCAUCGUAACCACGCAAUGUGGAAACUUCAAACGACGCUGCCCCAGAUGUUUUCCUUUGUUAUCUUUGGACAAAGCACCUCAGGUUUUACAUUUGUAGCUACGACUGCUACUAGUUGAACGUGCCUUUUUUGCGAUACUCUUCAAAGCGGAGUAAUGUUAAAUUUGAACGGCUGUUUCGUGUUGCAAACUGCGCUUGCUCGAGGAAGUAAUUCUGCGCAUUUCUUUUUUUAUAUAUAUAUACCGCAAUUUUUAUCCCAGGAGAAGGAUUUUAGUGAACGUCGUUAGCAUCUCCUACUUAAUGAAGGUUGUGUUGUAUUCCAGCCAGUGUAUCAAAUUCUGCAAUUUCUCUCAGCUGUACCAAGCGCAUAUUUAUUUUUGCAGUCGCAGCUGCUUCGAUAACGGUUGCAUGAUCUGACACACACACAAUACUCAUUACGCAGUGAUAUUUUUAGCGCAAGAUGUCGGGGGAAAGUGCGGCAAUAUUCCUGAGCACAAGCAGCUUUUGGAGCCUGUGCAGUUAGGAAGCAAUAAGGUAUUAUUACAAUUUUAUAGUUAUUGACACCAUAUGUUACGUUAGAAUUGCGGCAGGCAGCUGAAUAUUCUUAAAAGUAACCGGCUGCGUAUGUUAUCAUCGUAUACAUGCACAAUUGCUCGGGUGACUAACCCUUUAUGUUGGACGAGAUAUAUAUAUGUGGCACUUGUUUGGUGGAAUAAAAAAAGCUUGUUUGUAA